CGGCGUCACUUCCCAUUGACGGCGGCGGCGGCGGCUCCGCCAGGCUCCAGAAGGUUCCGCCGCGCUCCCGCCGCCGCGAUGAUGGGCCCGCGCCCCGUCCUGGUUCUCAGUCAGAACACCAAACGUGAGUCUGGAAGAAAAGUCCAGACAGGAAACAUCACUGCUGCAAAGACUAUUGCUGACAUCAUCCGAACAUGUUUGGGACCCAGAGCAAUGAUGAAGAUGCUUUUGGACCCCAUGGGUGGGAUUGUGAUGACCAACGAUGGCAAUGCCAUUCUUAGAGAAAUUCAAGUCCAGCAUCCAGCUGCAAAAUCCAUGAUCGAGAUCAGCCGCACUCAGGAUGAAGAAGUUGGGGACGGGACCACAUCUGUCAUUAUUCUUGCUGGAGAGAUGCUCUCUGUUGCUGAACACUUUCUUGAGCAGCAGAUGCACCCAACUGUGAUCAUCUGGGCUUACCGUAAGGCUCUUGAUGACAUGAUCAGUAUUCUGAAGAAAAUUGGCACUCCGGUGGACGUGAACAAUAAAGAAAUGAUGCUUAAAAUAAUUAAGAGUGCCAUAAACACCAAGGCAAUAAACCGCUGGUCUGACUUGGCCUGCAGCAUUGCUCUUGAGGCUGUUAAAACUGUGGAGUUCGAAGAAAAUGGCAGAAAAGAAAUUGAUAUUAAAAAAUACGCAAAAGUAGAAAAGAUUCCAGGUGGUUUCAGUGAAGACUCGUGCGUUUUGCGUGGAAUUAUGGUGAACAAAGACGUGACCCAUCCCAGGAUGCGUCGCCUCAUUAAGAAUCCACGCAUCGUCCUUCUGGAUUGCUCACUGGAGUACAAGAAAGGGGAGAGCCAGACUGACAUCGAAAUUACUCGGGAGGAAGACUUUGCCCGAAUCCUGCAGAUGGAGGAAGAGUACAUUCAGCAGAUGUGUGAGGAUCUGAUAAGAGUCAAGCCAGAUCUGGUCAUCACGGAAAAAGGAGUUUCUGACCUGGCCCAGCACUACCUGAUGAGAGCCAACAUCACCGCCAUCCGCCGGGUGCGGAAGACUGACAACAACCGGAUUGCCAGGGCCUGUGGAGCUCGCAUCGUCAGUCGCACCGAUGAGCUCCGGGAGGAGGAUGUGGGAACCGGUGCCAGGCUCUUCGAAGUGAAAAAAAUAGGAGAUGAGUAUUUUGCUUUCAUCACUGAUUGCAAAGAUCCUAAGGCUUGCACCAUCAUCCUGAGGGGAGCCAGCAAGGAAAUCCUGGCGGAGGUGGAGCGCAACCUGCAGGACGCCAUGCAGGUGUGCCGCAAUGUCCUCAUGGACCCGCAGCUGGUGCCCGGCGGGGGAGCCACCGAAAUGGCCGUUUCCCAUGCGCUGACAGAGAGGUCCAAGGGCAUGACAGGCGUGGAGCAGUGGCCCUACCGUGCAGUGGCCCAGGCUCUGGAAGUCAUUCCCCGGACGCUGAUCCAGAACUGUGGCGCCAGCACAAUCCGUGUUCUGACUUCACUCAGGGCCAAGCACACUCAGGAGGGCAGCCAGACAUGGGGGGUGAAUGGGGAGACUGGAGCCCUGGUUGACAUGAAGGAGCUGGGCAUCUGGGAGCCUUUGGCUGUCAAACUUCAGACCUACAAAACAGCCGUGGAGACUGCAGUCCUCCUCCUCCGCAUUGACGACAUCGUUUCGGGGCACAAAAAGAAGGGUGACAACCAAAGCAAGCAGUCUGCAGCACCAGAGGCAGCCCAGGAGUGAGAGGUUGAGUCUUCACACGGGAGAACCAACUGCCUUGACCUCGACACGGGGAGGAGCUCAAGGAAGUGGCCUGGUCUCAAGGCUGAGCCUGGACAAGUUUGUUUAAAAGUCUCAGAGGGAUGGAAAAUACCCUGGGCAUGGGGAAAAGGCAGUGGCUGUUGGUAACACUGCUCUGCUUCUGGGGUGAGGGUUACUGACUGAAAAUGCUCUUCACCUCAAAAUAAAUACGUUGUUUCAGGCUG